AGUAGUGCAGCUUAUCCAACAUGGCGCUGACGUCGUUUGCCUGAUAAGCAUUUCUAAGUUUCGUCAGUUCAGUGGCUACGAGUUUGAGGAGAGUAUAUUUAGGCAUAUCGCCGAGUUGAAGUGGCAUCUGUUUGCAACUUGAAAUGAAAGGGAAGGAGCGAUCACCGGUGAAAAAACGCACCCGCGGGCCCGACGAUGGCAGAGACCGAGGAGGAAGCUAUCCGAGCAGCAAGAAGACCGCAGUUCUCUCAGCCAGCAACGGCUCCGCUCAGAGCGGCGCUUCCGCCAGAAGAGGUUUACCCAGCGACAAAAGAGACAUUAGGGACUCGGAAGGACACGGCUCGUCCAGUCGGAUCCCUGGCGGCUACGACUACGGGUCUUCCUCCGGGAACAAGUCGCACGGUGGCGCUGAUAUCGCCGCGGAAACGUCCAGGUCGGGUUCACGAGGCGAGCCGCGGCCUUCGUUGGUCCCAGGAAGUGAGUACAAGACGCUGAAAAUAAGCGAGCUGGGCUCCGAGCUCAACGACGAGGAGAUAGAGGACGGCUUGUUUCACGAGUUUAAGAAGUUCGGGGACGUGAGCGUGAAAAUAUGCCGUGAAAACCACGAGAGGGUGGCGUUCGUGAACUUUCGGAGGCCCGAAGACGCCCGGGCGGCCAAACAUGCCCGGGGGAAGCUGGUGCUGUACGACCGGCCUCUGAAGAUAGAGACCGUGUACAUUAACCGGCGUACGAGCCGCUCCCCGGUUAGUAAAGACAGCUUUCCCUCUGGACACAGGCACCUCCACUCCCAGAGACCCCAGUCUCCCCCGGGCCCGGGUUUCAGGGACUACCGGUUACAGCAGCUGGCUCUGGGUCGACUGGCUCCUCCUCCUCCGCCGCCUCCUCCUCUGCCUCAUCAUCUCAGGGACCUUGAAAGAGACAGAGACUUCCCGCUGUAUGAAGGCCGCAGCAGGCCUCCGUUCAUCUCUGAAUGCUACCGUGAGGAGGAACUACUCAGCCCCGAGGACGACCAGAGGGCCAACAGGACGUUGUUUCUGGGCAACCUGGAGGCCGGAUUGACCGAAAACGACAUCAGGAGAGCGUUUGAAAGGUUCGGGCUGAUUACAGAGGUGGACAUCAAGCGGACUGUCAGAGGGCAGAACAACACAUACGGAUUCAUCAAGUUUGAGAACCUGGACAUGGCUCAUCGAGCCAAAGUGGCCAUGUCGGGGAAGGUGGUGGGUCACAGUCCCAUCAAGAUUGGGUAUGGUAAACCUACACCCACAACCAGACUGUGGGUGGGGGGACUGGGCCCCUGGGUACCAGUGACUGCACUGGCUAAAGAGUUUGACCGCUUUGGUACCAUCAGGACUAUAUCCUACAGGAAAGGGGACUCGUGGGCUUACAUCCAGUACGAAAGCCUGGACGCCGCUCAUGCUGCUUGGACCCACAUGAGGGGUUUCCCUCUUGGCGGCCCGGACCGGAGACUCAGAGUGGACUUUGCAGAGACAGAGAAUCGCUACCCGCAGCAGCAGUUUGUGCAGCUCCCUCUCCCCGUGCCCCACUUUGACUUAGUCCAGGAGCCAUUUGCUCAUCGACUGGCCGAGCCGAUGAGAGUGAGAGACCGCACCCCUCCAGUUCCUGGCCGCUUCAGGGAGCGGGAUCCAUAUUCGUCUGCUGAGUGGGUUGGCCUGAAUGCCCACGACAGGAUGAGAGGACCAGGCUUUGACCCCAUUGAUCGUCUGGAGCGGCGCUGGUCAGUGGAGCGCGAGUUACAGGGCAGAGAUGUGGGCCCCAAAAGGAGACAUUUAGACGACGGCUGGAGAGUGGAGCGCUCUCCUGACAACGGGGACUUUGGUUUGCGGCGUCACGGCGGCUCGUUAGAGCGCAGCCCUGGGGGGAGCAGCCGGGACGGGGGACGCUACAGUGACCCCGAGCGCCUCCCUCGCUCUGGCGGAACCACCCCGGCCAAAGAGCGGCAGAACAACCAUAACUCUAGCUUGGUGGAGAAACGGAAAAGAACACGCAGCCCCUCUCAGCCAGAGCCCAAACGCAAAGCUGGAGACGCGUCCAAGAGCCCAGCGAAGAAGGAACAGCGGCCAGACAAUGCGGCCUCGAGCUCCUCCCCGUCCAAGCAGCCGGGCUCCGACGGGGCGAGGCUGAGACAAGCCUGGGAGGGCGUCCUGCUGCUGAAGAACAGCAGCUUCCCCGCCUCCCUGCACCUGCUGGACGGAGACAUACGGAUGGCCACCAGCCUGCUGGUGGAGGGCCCCACCGGCGGGAAGGUGACCCAACUGAAGAUCAGCCAGCGCCUCCGCCUGGACCAGCCUAAACUGGACGAGGUCGCCCGCCGCAUCAAGGCCGCCGGCCCCAGCGGCCACACCGUCCUCCUGGCCGUGCCGGGGAAAUCCGAGGACGCCAACAGCUCCGCGGAGAGGCCGCUGAAGAACCUGGUGUCCUACCUCAAGCAGAAGGAGGCGGCGGGGAUCAUCAGCCUCCCGGUGGGGGGCGGCCGCGACAAGGAGCACAGUGGAGUCCUGCACGCUUUCCCUCCAUGCGAGUUCUCCCUGCAGUUCGUGGAUGCCUCUGCCAAAGCCUUUGCCAAAUCAGAGGAAGACUACCUGGUGAUCAUCAUAAUUAAAGGAGCCUCGUAAAGAAAAGUGCAAAUUAUAUGUCUUUUAUUUUUAUCGUUACUGUACUCUCAUCUUUUUAAGUUGUGAGGAAAUCCUGACAUGAGUGUAGUGGAAUCUGAUUCUGUAGGAGAGUGAAAGUUCAUUUUGUGCUGUGAAAGGUUUACUGAGAGGAAUAUAACAGUAAGAUAAAGUAUAUUAUAUAAUGGUAAACUGAUGGACUUCAUUGAUACAGAUUACAUACUGGCGCUUACUGUUUUACAUGUUAAACCUAGAGGGUACGCUUCUUAAAGGAACUCAGAGCAAACUACUUUAUAAUGAAUAUGAUGCCUUGUGGAAAAAAAAAAAAAACAACAAUUUUCUAUCCAGGAAAGAUUGUUUGAUUUUUUUUUUCUUCUAGGCAUAAAUUCAAUUGAGUUCUGUCAAACUGUUCAACAUUUAGAGAAUUCAAUGAAAUACGGUGAUUUGUUUGUUUUGAUAAGGAAAAGAAAUCUAAUCGCUCGUCCAGUUGCACUUGGAAAUAUAUCUUCAGAUGUGCGUUUGUAUCAGUUUUCCCUGACUAAAUUUCUUCACCCCUCACAGUUUUCUGAUUUUUGCCAGUUUGGUUCAAGCAGAAAAAAACAUUUGUCUCAUGAAAAAUGUGUAAUUUAAACGUAUAGUUCAUUUUUUUUUUGUCCAAGGGAAAUUGUAUGAGGAUAUACUCUUCAACAGGGUUUUUUUUAGAGAGAUUGUUGUGCUGUGAUUUUGAGGAAAAACUAAUAAAUCUUGAGAUUCUUUUUUUUAUUUUUUUAUUCCUCCCACGUGGGAUUCAGUUCUGUGCUAGCAGGUAUUUGCCUUGGAAAGUCAUCUUCCGAGGCAAAUAACUUUCUUAUUAAGACGCUGAAGGUGUGUUGUCUGCCGGCUGUUCAAGCCCUCAGAGAGAAGAGGUCGGAGUUCACCAAAAUGUUUCUUCAGCCUGAAGCCUCUUCUGAGCAGCUUCGGUGGAGAGACGCUGCCGUUGUUUGGCUGUGAAAGCAUUGAUAAACUAUAAAGUUUUUGGUAAAGAUGAUUAAUAUCUGCUAACAUAGAAGUGUGUCCCAUAGACGCAGACAUUUUCAGUUUUAGUUACAAAUGGCUAACAUCUGCAGAUUUAUGAACUUUUCCACAAAGUCACAGCAGUGCAUCAUUUUCUAGAGGCAAAGGAACUGAAGACAAUUUUCUCUCCUAAAAAGUCUGAACUAUUUCUUUAAGUUCUUCAAAGUUCUUUGCCUGAAACAAUUAUUAAGUGAAGUCCAAUUAUUGUGGACGACCAGAGCUGAUUUGAAUAGACUAUUGAGCCGUGAUGUGAGUUUAAAGCGUAACUUGAACGUUUUCCUUGUGUUUCUGUUCUUUAAGCCCUGCUAACACCAAUAGGUGAAGAGGAUGGAUAGAAAAAGCCGACAAUUUCUCUAAAUUAUUUUCAAUUCUGUUUGUAUUGCAAGACGUUUAUCAGAAGAAAAAAAAGACCCAGAAUCACUUAUGUAUGUCAGUGAAAUUUGGCUCUUGAAAGUGAUUCUUAAACGAAAAUCUGUCGCUUUUUGUCUUCAUCCCGCCCUCAGAAUAAUUUUAUUGCUGUAUUAAGUUUGGUUAAACAUUAUCCCUGCCUGCUAAUGGUAACUUCUACCCCAGCAAAGCAUGUGACUGUUUGACAAAAUGUCGAUGUAAACGAUAAAUGAAGAUCUUUAUGUGUACGAUGGACGACCAUUCAUCUGAUCUGAUCUGAUCUGGGAGUAGAGAGAUAUUACUACACUAUCUGUGGACUCAAGUGAGAGGAGAGAGAGGAGGCGGCUCCCUUCCUGCCGUCGUCCGAAGAGACUUUUACUGGUUGAUUUUCAUGUUUUUGAUUUGAGUACUGUUUUAAAUGAGAAAAAAAAAAGAGGAAAGUAUGUGCUGUAAACUCAGGAUUAUCUGGAGACAGAAGUGGAGAACGUCAAUGCCGAUGGGCCUAACUGUCAGACAAACACGCAGACGUGCAGCAAGCACUUGAUAGAUCUUGUUUUAAUAAAUUUGCUCUUUCGUGGGAAAGACGAGUGCCUCGGAAGACAA